AUGGCGUUAUCUGUGGAGAAGUGGGUAGGGUUCGGGUCGGCCAUGGCUGGCCUCGGCUUGCUUUGGUCGAGGAUGCCGCAGCACGUCCAUGAUGAGGCUAGGCACAUCAUCAGUAGGUUGGUUCCCAUGGUGAUGUCCUACUUCAACCCCUAUGAGCAGAUCACCAUCUCCGAGUACGGUGAAGAGCGGUUCCGUCGGAACAAAAUGUUCGGCGCCGUCUCCACCUACCUGAGAAGGGCGUGCUUGGAUCAUGCAAGCAAGCUCAAGGCCGAGCUCGGCAACAACAGCAAGGACGACCCGCUUAUCAGUCUGGACGAGAACCAGGAGGUCAUCGACAACUUCGACGGAGCCCGCAUGUGGUGGAGGCUGUGCCCCAAAUCCGCCAAGAACAAGGGAGGAAUCGUCCUCAGCUUCUUGUCUGGGGAUUCCGACGAGCCUCGGUGCUACAGGCUGGUGUUUCACAAGCGCCACCGCAAACUUGUGCUCGACUCCUACCUGCCCAGCGUCGUCCGGCAGUGGCGCGAGCUAUUCGCCACGAACCGGCAGAGGCAACUGUUCACCAACCACUCCCAACAAGGGGAGAGCAAGUGGAUCAAUGUCCCGUACAAUCCCCCGGCGACGUUUGACAUGCUCGCCAUGGACCACAGCAAGAAGGUCGAUAUCAUGGAGGAUCUCACGGCAUUCCGUGAGGCGAAAGAGUACCACUCCAAGGUCGGCAAGGCGUGGAAGCGGGGAUACCUCCUGCAUGGGCCGCCGGGCACAGGCAAGUCCACCAUGAUCGGGGCUAUGGCCAACUUCCUCGAGUAUGAUGUCUACGACCUCAACCUAACAUCCAUCAAGGACAACGCCGAGCUGCGGAAGCUCUUCCUUGAUACGACGGACAGAUCCAUCAUCGUUAUCGAGGACAUCGACGCGAUCGAGGUCGAACUCACCACCAAGCGCAAGGGCAAAGGAGGCAGCCGAAGAGAACGACGACAAGCCCCUGGUGAUAGAGCUGUCCGACAAGAAUAA